CCGUUGACUUCUUUCACAUAUAUGCGUAAACUUAUUUUCAGAUUUUCAGUAUUCAGUGUUGCUUUGCUCUCUUGGGGGCUAGCAUCGUCAAAUAAUUUUUAUUUUCAAUAUUCCAUCACGAUCAAGGAGCGUUCUUCUUUCAUUUCUCCCGUAUCUUCCGUCAUCAUAUACUUUAGCAUAAAGCUGUAGAUUAAUAUUUGUACAAGCCGGCCCUGCUCUUUCAGUGUAAUCUGACGUCCAGGAAUAUUUUGACAAGGACCUGCUACAUUUAUUUUUUCAUACUCAAAGAGCAUUGACAAUGUUGUCUGUGAUAGUAUUUUUGUCUGCCAUUUCCCUCAUGGGAAUCAAUGCAAGUGUAGACGAAUAUCCUAAUACCGUCAAAUAUACGGAGGAGACGUUUCCCAUUGAAAUUGCAAAGAAAAACCACUUCAUAAUGUUUUAUGCACCCUGGUGUGAUCAUUGCAAAACCUUAGCCCCUACAUUGGAGACUUUAGCUGAAAUGUUGAACGAAGAAGAGGACAGUCUUGUGAAAAUUGCCAAAGUUGACUGUACCACGGAUGUAGCCCUUUGUUCGGAGCACGAUGUUACAGGAUAUCCGACAUUGAAAUUUUUCAAAGUCGGUGAAAAGGGGGGCAUCAAGUUCAGAAGAACUCGUGAUUUACCAUCUUUGAUCGCAUUUAUAAAUGAACAAUUGGGCAGUGUUCCAGCGGAAAGUGAAAAUCCUGCAGCUCCAGAACCUGUUAACGGAUUGGUCGAGUUGACCGAAGAUACAUUCGACAAACACGUAGCCUCUGGUCAUCAUUUCGUUAAAUUUUACGCCCCAUGGUGCGGUCAUUGCCAGAAAUUAGCGCCAACGUGGGAUGACCUCGGUCAAAGCCUUGGUCACGAUAAAUUUGUUAGUAUAGGAAAAGUCGACUGCACCCAACAUCGCUCCGUUUGUGAACAAUUUGAUAUCAAAGGCUAUCCGACGUUGCUCUGGAUCGAGGAUGGCAAAAAGAUUGACAAAUACACGGGUCAACGUAGCCACGAGGAAUUGAAGGCGUACGUUGAGAAAAUGCUUCGAGCGAACGAUGGAAAAGAGGGAGGAAAAACGGAGGAUCCGGAGGACAGUGUUCAAUCGGUGUUGACACUGACGGGUGAUAAUUUUGAGCAUGGAAUCGAGAAAGGCGUGACAUUUAUUGAAUUUUUCGCGCCAUGGUGCGGUCAUUGCAAGCGCCUUGCGCCUACGUGGGAAGAGCUUGGGAAAAAAUUUACAAACAGCGAGAACGUUCACAUAGUUAAAGUCGAUUGUACCUUGGCGACGAGCAAGAAACUUUGUGAUGAACAAGAAGUCGAUGGUUUUCCAACACUUUUCCUUUAUCGUGAUGGACACAAAAUCGCUGAAUACAAUGGUUCGCGCGCUCUCGAAGAUCUCUACGAAUUUGUUAAUAAUCAUCUCAAAUCCCAUGACGAACUGUGAUUUUUGGAAUUUUUCAUAUUUUUAUAUCAACUUCGAUAUUAUUUAUCGGUAUGUACUGUUGAAAGAACAAGUUAGUUUAAGAGCCUUGACAAUUUUUAAAAUAAAUUCUUUUUUCAUCCCGACGAUCUCUGAUUACCUCUGAUAAAUGUUGGUUCUUCUUGAAAACAGAGCCGGACGAGUUUAUUUUUCUAAUUACCAUUACCGAAUGAAUUUGAACAAACUACUUGUGGGGAAGACUUGAUAAUUCUUCAAUAAUGUUUUGUUACAAAGCUUCUUUAUUGUUCUAUCGCGCUGCUUCCACUUUUUGUUUUCAAAUGUCAUUGCUCCUUUAUUGAUGUACAACGGUCUACUUAUAACAAGAGUGGAUUACAUCUGUAGGAAAGUUGUUCGUAACAUCUCCUAACCCUUUACGACUUUAUCUUUUGUCACAAAUUUAUAUCAAUAUAUCGUAGUUGUAAAUCUUGUAGUCAUCGAAUUUUGUCAUUGGAAACAAUUGAAAAUUAAGAAAUUAUAUACAUGUGCAUUUCUGUGAAAUAA